ACUCAGCUUCAGCUGCUUCUCCCCUUGUCCCCACUUCCCUCCUGCUCCCUCCCUCUCCCCCCCCCUUCCACCUCUCAGCUGCAGUGCAGGCACAACGGGAAACUGCCCAGGCUCAGUCGUGUUCCCCACUACCUGGAAGCUGCACCUGGACUGCAGCCAGGGAGCAGGGAGAAGAAGCAGUGAUGCAGAUGCAGCUUCCAGCUACUGGCCUCAACACAGCUCCUUGUUCCCCAGUCCGGGCAUGGGCAUGGCAUGGGCAGAGGUAAAGCCUUCCGGCUCCAGUGGUUCUGCAGCCUGGAUACAGCCUGUGCGUUGCCAGCCCCUGACUUCCCUGAUCCACGUUUAGGGAUAAAUCUGUGUCUUGCACUGGAUGCAUUACAAGAAUAGAGAGAGGUGCUUGAGCAUCUCCUGACAGCAAUCCUGUUUUACCCCAGCCCUCCCAUAGAGGCACUUGGUGGCUUGCACACGCCCAGGAAACAGCUGGGAGGGAAACUGCCUGCUAGUUGUGCAGCCUGCACAAAGUUCAGCGGCACUUUUUGGCUCCCUGCUGAAAGGAGCAUCCCCGAGAGAGAGAGAGACUCCGUCGACAGCCCCACACAUUGCCAGCCGAGCCCUGCAUUUCCACGCCUUGCUGAAAGCAGCCAGGAGCUCUGCUAGGGAAGGGAGCUGGCCAGCCUCUGCCUCCCCAGGGCGGCACAGCGUUGCUGGACGCGGACUGAUGACCCUGCCUUGCAAAGCGGGGCUGAAACAACUGGUGCUCGCUGAUUGGUUGCAUCUCACCCUGCCCCUGUUGACAGCACCCAGGCAAAGAGCAUCCCGCCCCUUCCACCUGGACGUGCGGGGCCGGAUUCUAGUUCACUUACUGGGGCUGGAAACGGAAGGCGGUCCUAGGCCACCCCGCUGAAACCCCUGGAAAACCAGUAACGCCAACUGCGGUUGGGUCCUUCUCCUGCAGGCCGCUUCUCGGGACUUAGCCUUCAGGCCGAGAUGAUGGCUUAUCACUGUAGCAGGCGCCCGGCUCGCUGGGCCGCCGGCUGGGGGCAGGCGCUCCCGCUCCCGCGGAGAAAGCGCGGCCAAACGCGGGCCAGGUUUGCGAGCUGACAACACGCCGCGCGCCGGGCGUGCUUCUUAUUGGACCAUGAGCGCGGGGACGGAGCCCCGCUGCGAGCCAAGGGCUCUGAUUGGCUGUGCCGGCAUUCCAAACCAGCCGAGGAGCGGGAGCAGAGGCGGGAGGGUCUGGCGUAAGUGCAGCCCGACCCGGCCCGGUCGCAGGGACCGGGGCUGAAGGCUGCUCCAGGAGCCGGUGCCAGGGCGGGGGAGAACCUGGCUGCCCUGCCCGGCCCGGCCCGGCUUUCGCAGCGGGUGCGGAGCUGCAGCUUCAGGGCGCAGGUCUGUCUUCAGGAGCGAGGAGAGGAAGCCAUUCAUCCCCGCAUCACCGGCCGGCGUUUGGGGGCCAGCCAUGAUGUCUGCAUGCAAUCAUAGAUGGUCCUCUUCAGGCUGUUCUUCUGAGGCAAGCUUCUGCUGACCUGACCCAAAAGUACUCUGUGUGUGUUUCCACGACAAUUCCUGGUGCCGUGACUCGGAUCCAGAACACAGGCUGAGGAAGGAGGACCGCAGGCUACCCCCCCCCCCGAACCCUGAGGCGCCAAACUUGAGAGGUCCAAGAAGCCUUACCUCAACCACCGGAUGUUCCCUGUCACAACCUCGAACCAGGGGAUUGGAUCUACGUAAAGGUCUAUCAACGGAAAAACGCACUUCAACCCAGAUGGAAAGGACCUUUCCAGGUACUUCUAACCACUAAUUCUGCUGUUCGUUGCCAAGGUCACCAAACGUGGACUCACGCCUCGCACUGCAAGAAGGUAUCACCUCCAUUGGACCCCGAAGCAGCUGUAUUCCAACCAAGGUUGGGAUUUUUCCCUGAGGCCAAGGACAAAGACCCUCAGGACCUCACUCAGGCAAGUGAGGAGCAUCAGGGUGCAAGUGCUAGUAACCUCUCCCCUGCACCCAACACCUCAGCCCAGCCGGAUUCAUCAGUUGAAGAACGAAGAUAUCAUCUUCGGCCUCAAAGAAAGUGAAUGCUCCCAUUCGGAAGAUCACCACCUCGAUCAAGACCAAGAGCCGACAUUAUCAGUCCUUUAGGUAACUUGAGCCCAGAGGACGAAGAAAGACUUUGGCUGCCAUCCUGGGUUUGGCUGGUAGUGUUCUUUUUCUUACUGGUGCUGGUUAUGUUUGUUGUUAAGAUUCUUUGUCCCUCCUGUAUCUAAAAAUGGCACUGAUAUCCUUAUAUAUCACACUUGGGUAUCUCAGUAUCACCCAAGGGGGGUGGGAGAAAAAUUUGUAUUUGCAGAUCUCCCAUGCGGUGGCUCAAGCUGGAAAUAAAAGUGACUGCUGGAUAUGCUCUCACAGCCCAGCACACCUACACCAAGGAAUCCCAAUGAUCAGAGUACCAAUAUCCCUCCAGCAAUGGGGAACAAUAAACGGCGGCUUCGUUAGACACUACUCGUUAGCUGCCCAUCGGUCCGCUCCUAAAGAAUGGAGGGCCGCCCCUGCUAACUGGAUAAUCUCCCCAAGAGUAGAGGCGCCUUUCUGUUACAGAUCCAACAACACCGGAGCUUAUAAUAAAGCCACACCUGUAGGACACUACCCUCAUUGCCUAACUACUCUAGAUUAUAGCCCUAGUAGCACCAGUGGAAUCCUGUUGGGUAACGUACCCUCUCUCAAUUGUACAGGAUUCAUGGUCUACAACUUUUCUAAGGAACCUCAUGUUGCUCUCAUUGCAAACAGAUCAGAAUUUUACAUUCACUCCAAUUUUACUUCUUGUAAUAUAUCUCGGUCCAGCAGAAUAACAGCUGAACGUGGACCGUCCUAUACGAUGCAUAUCAAUCGAAAGUGCCGGAUAGGGCACAACAACUGCCGAGAUUUGAGUACCCUUUCUGCCCCAGGCCUUUACUGGCUCUGCGGAAACAGGGCUCAUAAAAUCUUGCCCUGGAAUUGGGUGGGGGCAUGCACUCUUGGACGUGUUAUCCCUGGUUUCGAAAUGCAUAGUGCAAUAUAUCUGGAACAAGUAAAAAAUUUCAACCAUCACAUGAAAAGGGCGGUUAACCCCUUAGCUACCAGAAACACAGGGUUCCAUCGAUUUGUGAGAACCUUCAUACCGUGGCUUGGAGUAAGAGAAUUGGAACUAGCCAUAAUUAACAUUUCAGCCACAAUGGAAGCUAUGGGAAAUGCCACUGCGGAUGCAAUUCAGGCUCUGCAAAAAGAGAUCUCCCAGAUCUCACAAGUAACUAUACAACACCGCAUAGCCCUAGAUUACCUACUGGUAUCCCAGGGAGGAGUAUGUGCCUUAGUAAACUCCACCUGUUGUGUCUAUGUCAAUCAGGACAUGCGAAUCGAAACUGACAUUCGCAAAAUCCGAAAUCAGUUAAGGGUCCUACAUCAAGUGGCCUCAGAAAAUACUGACUGGGGUCUAGAAGAAAUGUGGUCUUGGCUAACCUCCUGGCUCCCAGAUUUCGGGGCCCUUGGCAAGAAAAUCCUGUAUGGAAUAUUGUUUGUCUUGAUAGUUCUGAUAAUGUUCUAUGUCUUAAUGCAACUGAUCCUCUGCUGCGUGAAAGCCAGCAGGGGAAGCUUUAGCAAGGCAAGAAAACCCACAGCAGAGUCUAGAAUAAUGGUGUUACAAAAGUGUGAGCAGAUUGAAAGAAAACAUGAAAGGCUGCAUGAUGAAAUAGAGGGGCUCAUGAGAAUGGAAAUUUAAGGCUAAAGUGAGACUAAAUAGUCUCAAAGGGGGGGGGGGCUGUGGAAUCAAAAAAAUAUAUGCCUUAAACUUUGAUUAUUUUAGUUAUAAGAUGACAUAACCGCUUUGUGUAGAAUUGCUGGCUCGGUACAGUAGAACAGAUAAGGGCAAGUGUUUGUUCUUUGUAACUCUUCUGCAAAUGCUUCGCUCACCGUGGCCUUAAAGGUAAAAAAAAAAAAAGUAUGUACAAAGUAGAUUUCCAGGUGCAAGAAGGAGGUUUGUGAACUAACCCCACCUCCCCCAUAAUUCCCAUCCUGAUAACAGCAAAGAAAUAAUGAAGUAAUAUUAUAGCUGCUUUUCAUGCUAAUUUCACUAUAUGAUCACGUGAGUUGUAAGCGACUGUUAAAAAGUAUAUAAGCCUCCUGAUUUUGCUCUUGGGGGGGGACCCCUUCCAAGUGCUUGGGAAAUCCAUGUCACUUUGGAACUCCCCCUACAGCUGUAGUUUCUUUUGAAUAAAAGCUUCUGCUGACCUGACCCAAAAGUACUCUGUGU